AUGACAGCUUACAACCAAGGAAACCUAGGGUCCUGGAGGCCAUGGAGCUCUCUUCUUGUACUAUUUCUGACAUUCUUGUCUCUCAAGUUAUGCAAAGGGCUUCAAUCAGAAAAGGAAAUAUGGGGUAGUCCAAAAUCUACAUCAGAAUAUAGCUCCUGUCUGGAAGUGGAUUAUCCUCCAGAUUAUGAUCCUCCAGAAGAAUUCCACUCAGACUCAUGUGAUCUUGCUCAAGUUCCAGAAUUCAAUGGAAGUCUACACAUGCGCACAUCCAUUCAAAACGCACAAAUUGAUGAUGUCCUGAGAGAAGCAACAUCAGUACAAGUAGAUAGUGGAUUGAAACAGAUAGCAGCUUCAGCUCAAUACCAAUCAAGAAAAAGGAAGAACCAAAUUCACAACAUUGUGGAGUACAGUGAUGGAAACAUACUUAAGACAACAGAUAUGGAAGCUUCUUCACCCUCAAAUCUCAAUUUACAAGAAUGUAUGAAAAAGGUCUCAAGGCCAAGAAUCCAUUCACAAUCUCAUUGGAAAGUCAGCAGGAGUCCCAGGGCAAAUAACAAAUUUUUCCUGUUUCAGAAGAUUGGAACCAUCAAUGCAAAUCUCUCUCCAACACUUUGCUACAAGAUAUUUGAGUCUUUCCUUGAGAUAUACAAGGCUUUGGAGCUCAAAUGUGGAAAUAAUCCUGAAGCAAUCAAAGCUGCAAUCCAGGCAGUGAAGAAUGCAAGCUAUGGGGUUGUUAUGGUUUUUCUUGGUCUUAUAAGGGUCUUUGAGGCUGAAGGCAGCAGGAAGAACAAUCUUGAAUAUUUCUUGAAUGAUGGCUGGGAUUAUGUUGAAAAUUUCUUUCAGAACUGGAAGAAUGCAGAACUCAAAGAUUUUGCAUUGAGGGAACAUACUAAAUUUGUAUCACAAAAUGCAUCCAAUCCUUAUUUCUACCUGAGGUAUUUGAAGGGAAUUGAUAAUCCUAAGAAAGUGUCUUUCUUGCUGGUUUAUACACUUGCCUUGGAUUGGUCACAAAAGAGAGGAUCACCUGUCAUACCUGUAGAUGGAAUAUCUCAGCAUAUACAAAGACUUGUGGAUGUAUAUGAAGCUGAUUCAAACUCAAUUCAAGGUGGUCUUUAUGGAAGGAUAGGUAUCAGGAACCAUGCAUUCUGGGGAGUAGAACAGUUUUCAAGACAAUAUUGGUAUUCAUAUGGAGAUACCACCAAAUCACCACAAGAUGUCUUGUUAUUGAGUUCAAAUGCUGCACAGUUUCAUGCCCCCAUUGGCAGAGAAAUGUGCAGAGCUGUUCAUAUCUUCUUUGAAGACCUGAUCAGGGAUUUGAAUCAGAAAUACUUGACAAUGAAUGGACAUCCCCAUCUAAAAUAUGUACCACCUGAAGUGGUCCAAGAUAUGAACAUCAUAACAAAAUCUGUCAGCAUGGCAGAGUACAAAGUUACUGUUGUGGUACUCGGCAUGAUCAGGAUUCUGAACAAAGAACACUUUACUGAUUCCCAACUUGAGAGAUUGAUAAACCAUGCAUGGACCUUUCUCAAGAAGCAGUUUUCUGAAUGGAAGUUGUUAGAUUUUUGUACAAAAGAUUCUCAACACCUCUUCAACUAUGAUUCUGUGCAUCUUCAGUACGGCACCCAAGUUGAUAGUCCUGAAGCUCUUUUUCUUGGGCUUGGUGGGUUCAAAUGCAAGAAUUACUUUCCAAAGCGGUGUAUUGCUUAUUUGUUUAAUUUGUGGAGGAAUUUAGUAACUCAAAGUGUGCCCGGUUCACAGGAAUACAUAGAAACUCCAGCUGCAAUUCAAGACAUCCCUUCAGGAAGCAUAGAAAAAUGGAACUUAUUGCUUAGAAGUCAUAAUCACAUUUAUCAAUCAAUUGGCAUGAUUUCACUUCAUAAAACAGAUGGAGACACCUGA